CUGUGGACGACCAUCGACUCAGUACGUACUACGUCUUGUUGCGAUAAAGUGAAUAAAUUUCAGGCGAGCGGUGCAGUUGAAAAUUGGAUUAUCUAAGUGAAAGAGCACUAAAAUGGCGAACGACCGCUUCUGUUGCUUCCGAGUGCAUACAAUUGGAAUGAUCCUGGGAUGGCUGGGAUCCAUUUCCGCGGUUAUCACGAUUGUUGUCAUGGGCUUCCUGUUGGGGUACUUGGACCAAAUAGUGGCUGAGGUGGUGAAGAAAGAUCCAGCGCAUUAUGACUACGACACCGUGAGAGGCAUUCUUCUUGCUGUUGUGGUGGCUGGGCUCGUUCUGACGACGAUUCACCUAAUUGCUUCGAUACUGCUCAUCGCCGGCACCGUAAAGAACAGGCAUCUCUUGAUUCUACCAUGGUUGGUGAAUAGCACGUUCGGCAUACUGUAUCUAAUUGUGGUAGCAAUAGUUACUGUAUCCCAACAAGAGUUCCAUUCCUUCGGAAACUUCUUGGCCGUGAUGAUGCCACUUCUGUUAAGUCUUGUAAUUCAACUAAUACUUUGGAGUGCGGUUUACAAGCUUUUCCGAAACAUCAGGGAGCAGUUAGGAAGUGAAAAUCAACGCCUGCUUCAAGGAGCAACAGCACCAACUUACACACGGCUUUAGAAAGUCGAGUUGCUGAUGGGCGCUGAGAGAAACUACAUAAAAGAUUGAAAAUCUUCGGGACGUUUUGUGAUAUUGGAGCUAUAAAUAGCAACAUGAAGCGAUAUACGAUAAUACUUAACAUUAUUUUCAUUGAACAUAUGCUAUUUUUCUAAUUGGAUUCUUAAUAAAGCUAAUAUGUGUUGAAACUUCAA